AUGGACCCUUGUUUACCCCCGGGACGCUCAUUAGAAAUAGGCCCAUCGCUCAACAGCCCUUCCGAGUACCCGGAUGACUCGCCCGAGGGAACGAUUCUGAAAGCAGUGAAAGACUUCUGCGAGAGCGGGGGACAGCAAGACAACCGACAAGGAAAUGAAUUCGUUCACCUGCCCGCCAUAGUUGAAAACGCAGAGUCCAGCCCCAAUGCUGCCAGAGAGGCUGCGCAGCGGCUUCGCAAAUACCUGUCCGAUCCGGCCUCGACUCCAGCCCAGAUCCAAUACAAUGCGAUUAUGCUAAUGCGCAUACUCAUCGACAAUCCGGGCCACACGUUUACGCGCAACAUCGAUGCCAAGUUCGUCGCUACGAUAAAGGAUCUCCUGCGUGAUGGGUGGGACCUCAAUGUGCAACACUUCCUGCGGGAAACGCUGGGUGCCAUCGAAUCGCAGCGACAGUGGGACGAGGAUCUAGCGCCGCUGAUGCAAAUGUGGAGGAAGGAGAAGAGUAAGCUGAGCAGACAGAACAGUGGGGUACGCUUGUCAAGUCAUGGUGAAGUAAUGGAAUGCAUUGCUAACGGUUCGCGGUUUGGGCAGAGCACCUGGAGAUCCUCACGGUCGCAGCACCAGCAACAGCAGCAGCAGGCAUACGCAUACAUGCAGAACUCUGCCCGGCCUGCCUCGACAUUACCGCCGCCAGAUGAACUCGCUGCUCGCGUGACGGAAGCCAAAACGUCGGCCAAGUUACUCCUGCAGUUCGUUCAAUCGACGCCCCCUGCAGAGUUCAACGGAAACGAGCUCAUCAAGGAAUUCUGUACCCGUUGCCAGACGGCAUCCCGCGCCAUUCAGAACUAUAUACAUUCGACGAAUCCCGCACCCGACGAAAACACGCUUCAGACCUUAAUCGAGACAAAUGACGAGCUGUCGGUCGCGUUGUCCAAGUACCAGCAUGCGUUCCUCAGCGCCCGCAAAGCAACUGGCAACUCGGCGAGCCAGUCACCCGUUCCGUCGAAUGGAGCCCCUGAGACUGGGGCCAAUCGUCCACUCCCUGCUCUCCCAGUGCCGCAGCGAGAAGAGCAAAGCGCCUCGCCCUCGGUCUUCUCACCACCACCGCAGCAGCAGCAGCAGCAGCAGAGCACUGCAACCGUGGCUCAUUUGUCAGCGGCGCCUCCGACAGCAGCUCCGGCGAGUAAUAAUGCGGCUCGGUACGAGUACCGAUCGGAGGACUUUCAGGUACAGAAUCCAUUUGCGGACGACUACAGCACAACCAACAACAACAGUCUAGGUGCCACAGAGAACCAACAACAGGCAGGAUCAUACCAACGUCCUACGCAGCACCCGCUUUGA